AUGUCAGACAAAUUGGCCAAGACUAUCCAAAGAUUCCAAUCCAAGAUUGAUUCAGGAUCCUUCUAUGAGGCUCACCAAACCUUGAGGACAAUCACCAACAGAUACGUUAAAGCUCAACAGUAUUCGGAAGCAAGAGAUCUAUUAUACCAAGGUGCCAACAUUUUAAUCCAAAACAAGGAAUUUGCGUCAGCAUCAGACUUGAUUAUCUAUCUCAUACAAAUUUACGACGAGGAAGGAUUGAAGGUUACUGACAAGGAUGCCAAACUCAAGUUGAUUGAAUUAAUUUCAAACUUGCCCAACAACGAUCCCCUGCUCAAUGACUUGGCCAAGGCCAGUAUAACGUGGUCACAGAAGUCAGAAGGUUGUAAGAACUUUGGAGAUAACGAUUUGCAUCAUUUAUUCGGGUCCAAGCUUCUACAAGCUGCUGGCGAGGAAAGUAUAGAGUAUGAGCAAAAAGUUAAACUAUUUGCCAUUGCAGAGUUGCAUUUGGUUUUGGGUACUUUUGAGUCGGUUCCAAUUUAUGUAAAGUUUUUGAUUGAUACGGCCAAAGCUAACCUGGAUGUCGAUCCUGGCGCACUUUUGGCCAGACCCGUGUUGAACUAUGCGUACUUGAAGAAUAUCAAAUUCGCACAAGAGGCACAAUCGUUGUUCCUCAAGGGGAUAAAUGCCGAGUCAGAGACUAUUGGUGAGGUACAGUAUUUUGACAAGAAACCAUUGCUCAAUUUUGUUCAACUAUUGCUGGAAGUGUUGCAAAAGGAUCCACAAACAAACAGUCAAAAAUAUAGAAAAUUGUACGAUCAAUACUACACAGUGUUGAAGAGCGCAGAGUUAUUACCGCCGGUAGAGUACUUGGGAAAGUUGUAUUUCAAUUUAAGCAUUGGCAACUCCAAUAAUCAAGGGGGUUUAAUGGCAAAUCUCAUGAGUGGGUUAUUUAAGUAG